AUGCAGCCCUCAGGCAAUGACUGGCCCAGUCAGGGUGUACCUGUUACCUCUCAGGAUUUGCAAGCCUUGGAUGCAUCCUGGUUGAAUGUUUCCCAAGGACCUGUAGACAUGGGCUUGUCGCCGUCUCUGAGUCAUGAGAGCCAGAGUACGCGCCCGCUCACUUUGCUAUCAGAGCCCGAUCUUCCAUUGUUGCCCCCAGGAUUGGACCUUUCCUUCAUCAGCGAGCCAAGCUGGGACCCCUCCGCGCCUGUGAUGUACUCUAGCCCCCAGGCUCCACAAGGAUGUGCACCCAAUGCCAUGGCCUCUCCCCAAAACAUGCCAGGUGGACUUGCCAUGGGACCUGCCAACCAAGGCUUUCACGGACCACAGCCUGAGAUGUAUGGUCCACAACAGCCCGUGUAUUACUUCCAAGGUGCGCAGGCCCCUGGUCCAAGGCGGACAGUAUCAGACCCAUCUUUGAUCCAGAGGAGGCCCAUCAUGCCACGGACUGAGGAGUUUGCCAUCCAAGGUCCACCAGCCCACGGCCAAUACCAUAUGCAUCAGCAUCAAACUUCCGGUGCUGGCUACGCAGAACCUGCUACUGUAAGUACUGCUCAAGGCUCGAGGGAAGAUACCAUGGCCCAAUCAAGCGUGCCCAUGCAAGGGUCCGGAUACGCGCCACAGCAACCCAGGGCCAACGCUCCAGUCCGUCAGGUUCCCACUCCACGUUCGGACACUGCCCCUCCAAGCCGGUCUUCCACUGCCGCAUACGGACCUGAACAUGGCCAUGAGGACUUUACCAGGUACAUCCGCUAUGACCAGGAUGAGAAACCAGUCCAUUCAGCAGAGAGCUUUAAUCCUGGAUAUGGACAUAUGGCCUUGCAACCCUACCCUGUUGUUCCUGGAGAGAUCAAAGCAGGAUUGGCAACUCCACCUCAGGAUGGCUCCGCUCAGUACCAGACUGCCUCUGCUCCUGCCAGUAUGUCCGGUGAAGAUGAAGGCCGCCACAGGAACCACCCACUCUACAGCGAAGGCCCGCAUGCUGAUGGAUUGUAUCACUGCCCAUUCAAGAGUGACCCCAGCUGCCAACACAAGCCCACGAAGCUCAAGUGCAACUAUGACAAGUUCAUUGACUCCCACCUGAAGCCAUUCCGCUGCAAGGUUGACGCCUGCUCCAAGCAGGAAUUCUCAUCCACUGCCUGCCUCCUCAGGCACGAAAGAGAGGCUCAUGGCAUGCAUGGACAUGGUGACCGCCCACACCUCUGCUUCUACCCCGGCUGUGAACGUGGCAUUCCCGGCAACGGAUUCCCAAGGAGGUACAACCUCUUUGACCACAUGAAGCGGGUGCAUGACCACAAGGAGGACCCAGCAUCCAGCCUCGCUGCCGCGGAGGCUCAAGGACCUCGCAAGACUGCCGGCCGCAAGCGCAAGUCGCCUUCGUCGGUGAGUGAGGAGCCAGCUGCACAGCGGCAAAAGACCCAGCACGUGCAGCCUCCCUCGCCACCUACUUUGGCCAUGCCCCCAGCCGGAUAUGAGCAGCCCAUGCCCGGAUAUGCUCCAGAGGUCAGCCGACGAAACCAGAACAGGCAGAGGAUCCUUUACUCCCAAUGGGCCAACCAGAGAGAGCUGCUUGAGUUCCAGAUGAGUUCCGUUCGGAGUCCAGAUGAUGAAGCCGGACUUGCUAGCAUCAGCCAGAACAUUGAGGAGCUUCGUCGUCUUUCCCACCAGGCUAGGCACGGCUGA